GAACGUUGCCAGUUUACUGUCAAGCCAAUGCUAACAACUGUGGGCACCUUCUUACGGGACAUAAAGAGAGAAGAUAAUGCAAUUGAAAAGAUGGCAGCAAGAUUUCAAAUUCAGCAUUGAUGGAAGUUCUGUUAAUGAAUGAUUUUAAACUCAUUGUCAAUCAUGCAGAAUAUAGUGUGCGUACACCACUGAAAGAUAAAAUGAGCACAGAGCAUGCCACAGAGAUAGAUGACAUCAAGUCAACAGUCCAUAAGUUAUUUGUAGCACUUCAUUUAGAAGAGCACCAGACAAGCAAAGAGAGAGAGCUACUGCAAAAAAUGGAACUUUUGAAAGAAGAACUGCUCCCUUUAGAACAGAUGAAGGCUAGAAUUGCAGCAGAUACUGAUGCGAAGACUUCUCGCCUUCUCUGGAUUGGUUUAGCCUUAAUGUCUACUCAGGGUGGAGCUCUGGCUUGGCUAACCUGGUGGGUCUACUCAUGGGAUAUUAUGGAACCUGUUACUUACUUUAUCACCUAUGGAAGUGCCAUGGCAUUCUAUGCUUACUUUGUACUUACUAAGCAGGAUUAUAUUUAUCCAGAUGCUCAAGACAGGCAAUUCCUCCACUAUUUUCACCAGAAAUCCAAAAGCCAGAACUUCAAUGUGGUUCAGUAUAACAAGCUAAAAGAGGAUCUGGCAGAGGUGGAAGAAUCCUUGAAACGACUGAGGAACCCCUUACAACUACGACUUCCAGUGCAAGAAAUCAAUGACAAAGAUUAAUUCUGUUUAAGCUUUAGCCUGUUGAGUUGCCUCAAAAAAAUUAGAAACUGGACAUUUUGACCCACUAUAUUAAAGCUGAAUGUACAAGAUUUUACUGAAAAAAAACAAAAUCAUACAUUUUGUAUAUAUUAUUUCUCUGCAAUAUUCGAGUUUAGAAAGAACAAGCAGCUAAUCCAUCUUAAUCUUGGAUAGCCAAUCCAUUCUUAAUUAAACAAAACAAUGUUUUUAAAGGAUUAUUUUAUUCUGGGGUGCUUAUAUUUGAAUGUAAUUUUCAUAAUGAACUAAAUAAAAACAGAUACUAGUUUUGGAUGUCUUCUGAGUGUUCUGUUUAGGAUGUUAAGAAAAAAAAAAUGUUCCUUAUAAUAUACACAUGCACAAACUAUCUCAACGUUGUAGUGAGUUACAUAUGUAACAUGUACACAGGCCCUGACAGAUUUAUGACAGCAAGGUUUCUCAGGCACAAAUUAACCUUCUUUGACAUCAUCCACACAGAUCAAAGUACUAGCUAAGGCUUGUUUGCAUGGAAAAUAGUGCAAUGUCUGAGUCAGUCAAGUUGCAGUAACUCCACAGGCUUUCAGGAGCUGCUGCAACUAACUAGAGUCACAAUUUCAAUGAAGGCUGCAUGAUUCGUGUU